AUGAACACAUCAACUUUAUUUAUUUCACACUUUUCGAGGAUAAUAAUACAAACAAGAUGUUUGUUUGGCGUUCACCAUAAUCCGAAACGUCAAAUUUUUUAUAUUAAACUAAAUAACAAUGAAAGAGCAACUUUAUUGUACAAAAAAAAUGACAAUAUUCUGGAUAUAAAAUCUGUGUAUGUACCGGAAGAAUAUGAAAAUCGAGGAAUUGCAAGAUUAUUAGCCGAGGCAGCUUUUACUUACGCGAUAAAAGAAAAUUUCAAUUUAAUUUUGACUUGCAAGUACACACAGCGAGUAUAUGAAAAAAUAAAGUCUCCCGAAUUGGAAGAUCGUGUAAUCGGACCAUUAAAUUUGUUGAAACCUCUUUAA